CACCUUGAACAUUAUAUAAUUUUUCUCUUUACCUAUUACUCAUCACUUCAUCAGUUAUUUAUUUAUUUUACAUGUUUCUAAUGAUACCUAAGAAAUUAUGUUUAUUGUGUAAUAGUUUAAUAUUAUUAUCUUAUUAAUAUUACUAGUUGUAUAUUUGUAUGUCUACUCAGUUUCACAUUUAAGCUCUCGUGAAUCGUGAUUUGGAUCCACAUUUGAUAUUAAUUAUUUCGGAUUAUGUUGGACGAAAAUUGUGAAAUUUGAUCGAUAUUGAAAUAGAACUAAUCAACACCUUAAAUAAAUGUUGUCUUAAGACGUAUAGAGCAUAGUCAGAUACGUAUUUAACUGUUUUUGUAUACAGCUGUWGUAAGUUUCCACAAAAAUAGGUAAAUUUCAAAGAUUAACCUCAUUGACUCCAUGAAGAAGCAUAACAUAAUUAUUUAAAGAGUAAGAUGAACAUUACCUCAGACAUUGUGCCCGAAGUACAGCCGGGUGUGUUUACCCAUAACUCGUACACAAUUUUGAGCAAUUUUGAGUCUGCUAAUCUUGCUCGUGUGAAAUAUGUCAGCAAACAGAUUCCUGGCGUUGAUGAAGAUUUGGAAUUUCAUUUAUGGACGAACCCAGACUGUGGUGGCACUGAGUUUGAAUGCAACUACAAAUCAUGGUUCUACUUUGCCUUAAAAGGAGGCAUUCCUGGUAUGCACGUAAGAUUAAACAUAGUGAGUUCAAAUAAUCAAAGUAAAAUGUAUAGUCAAGGCAUGACUCCCGUAUUUAAAGUUGAUUUAGGAAAAUCAGAUAAAUCAAAUGAAAAAUUUUGUAAAGCAUCCUGGUCAAGAAUAAAAGAAAUACCAACUUAUCAGAUAAACAGUAAUCAAGAAUUCGUGUUGAGUUUUAGUCAUCGUUCUUUGAAAAAUAUUGAAGCCACAACAUAUUAUGCUUUUACUUACCCUUACACUUACACCGAGUUAUGUAACAGCUUAAGUUUUUAUGAAAAACAAUUUCCAUUACCAUCAGAUUUAAGAGAAAACAACGAGAAGGAUGUUUAUUUUUAUCGAGAAACUAUAGUAAAGUCCUUAGAAAAUCGUUCUGUGGAUUUAUUAACUAUUAGUUCCUUUAAAGGUGUUUCAGAAGAAAGAGAAUGCCGUUUAUUUGGGUUAUUUCCAGAUGAAAAACCUAGGUCACAUGUUUUCAAAAAUAAAAAGGUCAUAGUUAUGAGUGCUAGAGUACAUCCAGGUGAAACACCUUCUAGUUUUGUGAUGAAUGGGGUGAUAAAAUAUUUACUUAGUAAUGAUGAACAAGCUGAUAUACUGCGUCAAAAUUAUGUUUUCAAACUUAUUCCUAUGCUAAAUCCAGAUGGAGUAGCUAGAGGAUUUUACCGUACAGAUACUAGAGGUUGUAAUCUCAACCGGUUUUAUCUAAAACCAUCUUUAAAACUUCAUCCAUCUGUUUAUGCUGCCAGAUCAUUGAUCUUGUAUCAUCACCUUGGAUAUGAAUUACGAGAUGAGUUAAUCGAAGAAGAUUCAACAUCAAUUUCUUGUAGUUCAUCCAAUAAUGAUGAUGAAUUAAAUACUAAAAUAAAACCAACCUUUUUAAAUAAUGAUGUUGGUUCAUCAAAUGUUUUAUUAAAGAAGAGUCAAUUGUGUACAGCUGGCCUAACAAAUAAAGGCCUUGAAUCAGGAUUAUAUUUAUAUGUUGAUUUUCAUGGCCAUGCAUCCAAAAAAGGGAUAUUUAUGUAUGGAAAUAAUUUUGAAAAUAUAGUUGAUAACAUUGAAUGUAUGGUUUAUCCCACUCUUAUGACUAUAAACAAUCAAAACUUUCAUUACACUUCUUGCAAUUUCAGCAAGCAUAAUAUGUAUUCUAAAGAUAAGAAAUUUGGUUUAAGUAAAGAAGGAAGUGGUCGAGUAGCUGUUCUUAAAUAUACAGGUCUCAUACGUAGUUACACAUUAGAGUGUAACUACAAUACUGGCAGAUUUGUUAACUAUAUUCCUCCUAAAGUACAUUUUGUUUCUGAGAGAAGACCUAUCCAGAGCGUUAUUCCUCCAAAAUUUACACCAACCGUUUUUGAGCAGGUUGGAAAAUCAUUGGCAAUUUCGAUUUUGGAUUUAUCAAAUUUAAAUCCAAACAGUCGGUUAGAUAGCAGUGAAUUUAAAUCAUUAGCAGGAUUAAGGGAGCUGUUACGUUCAAAUAUUAUUAACGAUUGUAGCCGUAAUCGACGAUUAGGAUCUAAAUCUACCAGCAACAUAAACGUUGAUACACCAAUUACUUCAAAACAAGUAAAGAAAUCUUCAAUAUCAUAUGAUCUAAUGAAUCCRACAACUUCCAAAUUAUUGCAACCCAUUAUGACUAUUGCUGUUGCAUCAAAAAGCAAAUCAGUCCCACUUCAUAAAGGAAUUAAAAAAAGUGGAAUAUUAAAAAAAAAUAAAAAAAAACGGAAGAUGACACCAAGCAAACAAAAAGCUGUUGCAACGACUGCAGAUAAUAUAAUAUUUUCCAUUCAUAAUUGUCCCUAGUAUAAUAAAACAUAAAAGUUAACAUAAUAUACAAUAU